GCACCAAUUUAAUUUUAUGAUGGAUAGUAAUAGUGCACCUUCAAGUUCCACAGUUUCAAGAAGUGUGAUUCUCGUUUUGAGGGUCUUAACCUUUGUGUUCCUUCUCAUUGCUCUCAUUCUCAUCUCUGUAACCAAGGGCACUGAAGAUACAACAAAUGGUUCUGUAGAAGCCAAGUUCAGCGACAUUCAUGCUUAUCGAUACAUGAUCUCCACAAUAGUCAUUGGAUUUGUAUACAACCUCAUGCAAAUGGUGCUCUCAAUCUUCAAUGUGGUAUCUGGAAAGCGUGUAUGCGGUGAUUUUGGCUAUGUAUUUGAUUUCUUUGGUGACAAGAUUAUAUCAUACUUCCUAAUUUCGGGUUCAGCUGCUGGAUAUGGUGCCUCUGAAGAUUUACAUAGAUUUUUCAAAGCAGAAGAUCUUCCUUUCAAUUCGUUUUUUGCAAAAGCAAACGCCUCAGCGACCCUUCUCCUGGUUGGAUUUCUUUGCAAUGCCAUAGUAUCAAUUUUCACUUCAUUUGCUUUGCCAAAGAAAGCUUAAAUUAUCAGAUAGCUUGUUACGUUGUUAUGGAUUUUUUCUUGUUUUCUUUGCUUAAAUGAUCAGCAUCGCAAUUGUACUUAAUUAUUUUGGGUUUUGAAUAUAAUGGA